CAAAUUACUGCGCAUGCUCAAUACUUUAGCUUAGCACCGCCCAUACGGACGUGACCAUAUUUGUACACAAUGACAAGGCAGUGGGUUUUUCCAGUUCCCACAUCGUAUUACAAACUUGCUUGUUACCCUCGAUCAACGCUCCGACGUUGAUCUUUAUUGCGACGCAAAGGAUGCUUUAGCUGGCAAGCUAUCCGCACUGACUUUGCAACCAACGACGGGCAGAAGUUCAUCAUGGCGAGCGGGAACAAAAUUGUCAUCGCUUUACUCUCCGUUUCGACGGAAAACUCUACAGAUCAGUUAAUUGAACAAAUCAAGCGCGAGCAUGAUGAUUUCAGUUGCGUCUUUGUAAAACUCACCCAGCAAGACUUACAGUCGUUCCAGCCUGGAGAGAAGUACGAUGCCGUCGUUCUGUUGCAUUCAAUUUCACAAGGUCGUAACUCCAUCACUGACGUAGCAGACGCCAAGUACAGUAAGCUCCUGCCCACACUCAAGAGGACUUAUGGACCUGACCGUGUUGCAGUUGUUGUUCACUCCAUGACGAGCUUCAAUUCUAACACCAAGAUGGCACUGAUGAUGGUCUUCAAGAAGUCCCAGCCAACCACCUUCCAGUGCUCUAAAUGCGUCAUCCAAUGCAACAAUCUAGCUGAAAUGCGAGCUGAAGACCUCUCACGACUCACUGAAUUCCUCGGGAAGGUACGUGAUCAUCCUCUACCCAUCGCUGACAAAGAGGCACAUUCAACCCUGAUCACAACGCCCUCUGCGGAUAAAAUAAAUAGAAUCGGGACUGGUGGUAAGCCACAAAACACACCUGUUUCUGGUAGUGUUACCAAAGGAGACGAAAGUAUGACUUCUUCUGCUCUGAGUUCUACUGACACUAGUUCCAUAUCUCAGACAGAGGUUGGCCGCUCGACAAAUGCCUCAGCAAUCUCGAUUGAUAGUGGUUCUUCUGUUGACCCUUUAGGGGUUGGUCCCUGUUCAGAAGUUGCUCCGACGCAACCUACUAACAACCAAACUUUAAUGACAAGCGUGACACCAUCCACCGGUAUGGAAGAUGAUAACAUUCAGAACAUAGCUUCUGUUACAUCACAAGUUGGCGCAUCUUCUUCCGACACCGCACAAAUGUUACAGGCCUCGUCGAAAGUCGACACCUCACCUGAUAAAUAUGCCACCCCAGACAAAGUGAUCGACACAACCUAUCCCAUAGCCUUGUUCAGUCUUUCUACAUCAAAUCAACCUGUACAUUUGUUGGAUGGGCUACAACGACAACUUCCCGGAAAGACAAUCAUGUCGAUUAAAGACAUACGUGACCUGGCAAGCAACUGGCACUUGUUUGAAACCAUUCUUGUAGACUUGGGAUCAUUACAGCAAGCUGCAUCUCACAGCUCGUAUGAAUUCAACAAGUGCGCCUUGGAUUUUUACCAGAAAUGCAAGAAAGAGAUGUUGGUACCCCAGAAUAUGGCCCUGUUGAUGCGCGCUCCGACGAAUGCUCCUGCAGACCAUAAGCAUGCAGAUACCAUAAGACAGUUUCCAAAGAUGAACGAAGUCCCUGUUUUCCAGUACAGCAGUGAAUCCUGCAGACCACCUCUCUUUGACGAUAUCACGAAAAAUCGCCUGUUUUCCUGGCUUCUCGAUAGCUGUAUCAGAUACCACACAGCUGCCAAUAAGAAGGGAUCUGGCUUCUUGAAGAAGGUUAAAGAUUUCAUGACGCCAUCUUGGCCCUCUUGGUCCUAAUGCAGCUAAGCUUGAAAAAUUGGGGGAUAGGCCUUGCCUUUACCUUUGAAGAGUCAUUAUUUGGCAAUAGAAGACUAGCGAGAGAAUGACGUGAGCAUGGAGCCUUGAUCACGUUGAUGGCAGUUGUGGACCUGAGGAAAAAUUCAUUAUGUUUAAGCAGGCAGCAACGUAUAAAAUACAUGACUAUCUGCAAUAGUUAUGGAUUCAAUACAUGCAUGAUUUUAGUUUCAUUAAAUACCACUAAGAUUGUUGGUAAAUAUUGUAUUGAUAUCUACAACAUAUGUGGCAAAGCAGAAGCAAGUAUGUACAUAAUUAUAUAUAUAUAUAUGAUGUAAAUAGAUUAUAUGUGUUGGAAAAUGUAUACAAUAACAAUGAGAUUUCUCGCGAUUUUAUGCUAAUUACCAACUUUUUCUGAAUGAACACACAUUUUCGGGAGUCUUCCCCUUCCUUCUUCAGGUAAAGAGCAAACUGAUUUGAUCCGAGAGUAAAAAAAUAGCCCCCGUAAGAUGUGGGGUUUUAGGCAUUUAAUUACGAUCAG